AUGUCUACCACAAUGGCCGAGCCACACCUAUCAGAUGAUGAGCGAUAUCAGCAAUCGCUCAUCUAUGGUUUGAUUAUCAGCACGGGCAUCCUGUCCAUGAUUGUCUGCAGUUUAAGACUUUACACAAGAGCAUUCGUCAUCAACGUGUUUGGUAUGGACGAUAUCGCAGUCUGCGUCGCAUUGGUUUUUACGCAAACUUUCAAUGGGCUAGGAAUUGCAAUUGUGUAUUACGGAGAAGGGGUGCAUUUUUCCAAUGUGUCUCCUGAAUAUCGAGCAAUGUGGCUCAAGCUCUAUUACGUCGCAAUGUGUCUAUACCUCUACACUUCAUUGGCAGUCAAGAUUAGCCUGCUGGUAUUCCUACGACGGAUUUUCGUCAAACCCUGGAUGAAUCUGCUCACUAUGGGUUUGAUUGUCUUCCAAGUCCUCUUCUCGGUCUCAGGCUCUUUUGUUCUAGCCUUCCAAUGUGACCCUCCAAGGGCUGCCUUUGACAUGACCGUCAAGAACCCGACCUGCUACUCGCAAUACAAACUAUUCCAGAUCACACUAUACCAAGCAGUAAUCAUCUUCGUGUGCGAUAUCAUCAUCCUGAUCGCCCCAAUGGUUAUUCUAUGCAGACUUCAAAUGCCUACAAGGAAGAUCGUUGCUUUGAUUGCAAUCUUUGGAUCAGGUAUAAUCGCUUGCAUUUCGCCCGUUGUCCGCUUCAGCACAUUGGAUUAUCUACGCAACGGAACGACAGAUCUCACCUACGACUCAGCAUCUUCCCUGUACUGGAUGGCCAUUGAAUUCAAUUUGGGCCUUGUCGCAGGCUCCCUUUCUUCUCUACGACCACUACCUCUCUUCCGCCGAUUCGGGUCGAUGACACUCUCCCGACACAAGGCAUCCACCAGCGAUGAAUCGCACGAGCUUGGCAACGUGAACGCGAGCCAUCCCAGAAGCCCUUGGAAAAAUAGAAUGACUAUUGGAGUGGAGACGUCGAUACUUCAGGAUAGUGUCAACGAUAGCCAAGAGCGCAUUAUCCAUGCAAAGGCAGAGUAUGUGAAGCCAGAGGAGAGAGUUUGA